CUGAAAUCGCUUCCCAUCCUUCCAAUCUACCCCCUUCCCCCCGAUCCUCCCCUCUUGACAUUGUACCUCGUGCACAGUGUCUCCAGCCUGAUCCUGCCCAAACACACCAUGUCACGCUCGCUCUUCCUCUCGGCCCUGUUCGCCAUGCUGGCCAUGGUGGCCCUCGCCGGGCUGGCCCAUGCCAAGGACGACAACACCGCCGCCGUGGAGGAGGUCCUCCAUGACGGCAUCAUCCACGAGGAUGUGCCCGGGAUCCGCCACUGCAAGUGCACCAAGUCCCUGAAGUGCUUCGACAACCUGGGCAACUGCGUGAACCACUACCACGCCAAGGAGUUCCCCAAUGGCGGCGGCCGGGUGCAGUGCAUCACCAACGGCCUGAACAUGCCGUUCUACUCGUGCGACGAGAUGCCGGACCUGUGCUUCAACACGGCCACCUGCGACCCGGUGCGCGAGGUCCACUGCAACUGCCGCAAGGAGGUCAUCUGCUACGACUCGGCGGCCGAUUGCCGCCGCAACCACAACCCCCUGAAGCUGAAGGCCGGCGACCGGAACCAGUGCCGGUCGCACGGCAAGACGGUGUAUGCCUGCGCGGAGGAGCCCGGCGUGUGCCGGUCGGUCAGCAAUUGCAAAAGGACCCACGGUGGCAAUGUGACUCAGGACCCGCAUCUGGUGGGCUUCGGCGGCGAGAGCUUCUACUUCGAGGGCCAGGCCGGCCGUGACUGGAACAUCAUUUCCGACCCGGGCUUCCAGCUGAACGCCCACUUCAUCCGCCUGCACUCGCUGAAGGGCACCUACAUGGGCCGCAUCGGCAUGCUCUUCGGUGACCAGUCCCUCGCCUUCGACCCGCACUUCGGCGCCUUCGUCAACGGCACCCACAUCACCGAGGGGUCCAUGAGCUUCCCCCAGGCCGAGGUGACGGUCGACCAUAUUGAUGGCCGCUACCGCAUGACCGCCCGCACGGCCACCUGGCAGGUGAUUGCCCGCACGGUCAUCGAGCAGGGCGCCCUGUCCGAGGCCUACGUCAACCUGCAUGCCAGCCUGGUCGGCACGCCGGAGGACCCGCACGGCAUCCUCGGCCAGACCGCCCGCUUUGCCAUGGCCGAGAACGACCUGUCCGACAAGCCGCUGCGCAACCCGGGCGCCCCCUUCCAGCUGGACGGCGAGGAGGCCGACUACGAGGUGAAGGACGGCCUCUUCGGCACCAACUUCAAGUACAACCGCUUCGGCACCACCGACGAGAAUGGCAAGAAGAAGCUCCCCCUGCGGGCCUCGGUUGACGGCCACCCGAAGCCCCUGCGCCAGUCGCGCUCGCUCUUCGAGGCCACCGUCGACAUGUAA